CUUAAGACCAGACUGUUUAUGAAUGUGACGUAAGUUCCGGCCGCCAACAGCGACAGCAGUUUUUCGCGGUAAAAUGAAAUGGCCAUCUGAUGUUGAUCAGAUUUAUUACGAGUUCUCAUAUUUUCGUCAGUCGUGUAGAUAAUCGCUGUGGUAGGAUUCAGUAACAGCGUCGUUCUAAAGAAGUUGAUCGUCGGCGUUGCUAUGAAGUGAGAGCAAAGCUAACGUUAGCUACCGAAGUAUCAAAACAUUAGCAUACUACUUGGACUGUAUAGCUUUAAUAUAGGAACUAUACAGCGUGCAACAAUGGCACUUGUGACCGGAGAGAGCCUAAAGUCGGAGCUGGAGAUGUUCGACAUAUCCUGCCAGGAUGACUCCGUCCUCGACAAGAUGGUGGAGCAGUGUAUCUGCUACAGGAUACAGGCGGAUGAGAUGGUGUUGGAGUGGGUGGCCUACAGCACCACAAAAAAUGGACUGAAACUCACCAUGGACACCCUGGAGCAAUUUGAACAUGAGGUGUUAAACAAGAAGAACAAAUCCAAACAAAGCUUCAGAAAAGAAGAAACUCAUAACAGAACCAGAGACAUCCACUCACUGCAGGACCUAAUCAGGGCCGAGGAAGAGGAGGAGAAUUUACUGGACUCCUACUCAACUCCUGCUAAGGGCUCUCAGAAGCGAGCACUCACCACUCCUGAACACCCUCAGUCAAAGAGGAGUGCAGCUAUUCUGGCCAGCCCGGGUCUGCUGCUGUCUCCCGCCAGCUUUUCUCCCAGCACAACGCCGUCACAGAAGUACGGUCAGCGAGGAGGGAAGGGGGAGGUGGUGGUCACGUUCGGGGCCGUGCAGGGCACCCGCUGGGCAGGCAGGAAGGCCCUGGGCGCAGGUGUUCAGCUGGAGCUCCUCGAAGGGUCCGAAGACUCCCUCAGCUCCAGCUACAAGUACAUGUUCCAGAGGCUGCGCGACGUGCGAAACGUGUUGACAGAGAAGAUAGAGGAGCUCGGUGAGGGCCUCAAGACUCACUUCAACAUCGAGGAGUUCUCCCCCGUCUCUCUGCCCGCCCAGGACAGUAUAACAGUGUUGGGUCAGGUUUGCUGUGACAGUAACGGCAAACUCAACGCACAGUCGGUUCUGUUGGAGGCGGGACCGGAGCAAGGUGGUCAGCAGGUACCUGUUGACCUAUCAGAGCUCAAGGAGUACUCGCUGUUUCCUGGUCAGGUGGUGGUGAUGGAGGGGAUGAACACAACAGGAAGAAAACUGAUGGCGUCCAAACUCCUUGAGGGAGCGCCUCUUCCUUUCUACACUUCUGAGGUGAAAAUGGAGGUGGAUGAAGAGCCGACAAAUGUUCUGGUGGCAUGUGGACCGUACACUCCCUCUGACAGCCUGACCUUUGACCCUCUGCUGGACCUGAUCAGUGUCAUCGUCAGGGAUCGGCCUGAUGUCUGCCUGCUGCUCGGCCCGUUUGUGGACUCCAAACAUGAGCAAAUUGAGAAAGCCCAGGUGACCGAGACCUUUGAGGCCAUUUUCUCAAGAUGUGUCGAAAGCAUCGUGGACGGCACCAAAAGUGUUGGCUGCCGCCUGGUGUUUGUGCCGUCCCAGAGAGACAUCCACCAUCACUUCAUCUACCCACAGCCUCCCUUCACGCUGCCAAACCUAAACAAGGACCAGGCCCAGCGUGUCACCCUGGUCCCUGACCCCUGCACCCUGCUGGUCGACGGCGUGACCAUCGGCCUGACGUCCACUGACAUCCUCUUCCACAUGGGCGCAGAGGAGAUCAGCUGUGGCACUGGAUCGGACAGAUUCUCACGCAUCCUGAAGCACAUGCUGACCCAGAGGAGUUACUACCCGCUGUACCCACCAGUGGAGGAGGUCAACAUGGAUUAUGAGAAGUAUCAGAGCUUCGGUCAGAUGCCGCUCACUCCCGACGUCCUCAUCAUCCCCUCUGAGCUGCGCUACUUUGUGAAGGAUGUGAUCGGCUGCGUGUGCGUCAAUCCUGGCCGACUGACCAAAGGUCAAGUGGGCGGGACUUACAGCCGGCUGCUGAUUCAGCGCAGCGCCGCACCAGACGACGGGAAGAGAGUGAGCCCCUGUUUGGCUGCUCAGGUGGUGAAAAUCUGAAAAAAGGAGAUUGAAGACUUUUGGACGCUCGGUGUCGACAGACAUGAGCCGACUGGUGUAUCAAGGCGCUGCACUCUGCUGACACGCUGAUGUAAAAUAUGUUGAAAACUAUUCACUGUGCUGUUGAAACCCACUGGUUUAUUUUUUUAUAUGACAAACAUGUUGAGAGUGAAACUGUCAUCAGAUCCAAGAAUCAUCUGUUUCAAUAAAUUAUUGUUACCCUGUUCA